UGUUCACAGGGCGCGACGGGUGGCGUCGAUUCAUCUCUCACAGCCGUCCAAAAGCGCUUCGCAUUCCUCGUCCUGACGCUGUCUAUACCGCCACACGCGGUGCUCGAUGUUCAGUGGCGCCAACUCUUGCUCCUGGCAGCCCAGAGCUACUGGAUCGUCGAGAAUUCGCCCAGCCCUGCCAUUAGGCAUGCCCUUGGUGAGCGACAAGGAUCAUGCGAUCAUUCCUGAUUCCAGCAGAGCCGGGGUGGCGACACUUGCGCUCUCGACUCUCGGAACCAACCAAACUGCGGCACAGCCGCUUCAUGCCAAGACCUGGGCGAGUGGAACGCAUGCACGCAGCAUGGUGGCUCCGUUUGACUGCUCCGCUCGACUGCUCGCGUGCGAUACGUCGUAUAGGGCCUUUGAAGGUGGCGGCCAUGCAUGCCGGAAUUCAGGGCGGCAGCUGUGGAAAAGUUCGAGCGCGAGUCGGCGUGUAAGCUCGUCAACUCGUGCGGCCGGUCAGUGCUGUAUUCCGAGCGCGAGCUCGGUGAUGUCAUGGUAUGGAUUCGGAGGUGCGAGCGACAGGUGGAGCAAGGCGCACCCCCAAGCCCAGGUCCACACGCAGCCGCUGCGCUGGCGUGACGGCCUCGGCUCGCACCUGUCCUUGGAGGACGCCACGCGUGGCUGCUGCCUGCUCGCUCAUGCUCAUUGAUCAGCGCCCCUGGUUCCGCAGCGCAUGCCCGACGGCGAGCUAGGUAAGCGCGGAAUCGCUGGCAGUCUGGAACUGGAAAGAUUGUGGAUGGUUGACGCGCGCUCCGCAAGUCCGGAAUUGCGUCUCGCAAAGACGUGAGGUGGC